UCUAGCGUCCCUUCUCUCAGCGGAUGGCGGAAGUAGCCCGCCGGUGUAUCGCUGUCUGACACGUCACUGAGGUCAAACGGGAGGAAAGAUGGCGAGCACCUAUCAGAGUUUCAACCUGCGCACCACACCAGAGAAGUUCUACAUCGAGGCUUGUGAUGAUGGCUCUGAGGACGUCCUGGCCAUCGACAGGGUUUCCACAGAGAUGACUCUCACAGCGAAGAGGGACGUCCCUGCAUCUGCUGACAGCCGGCCAAUAUGUGGACUGAUGGGGACCAUCCGUCUGGUGGCAGGCAUGUACGUGGUCGUCAUCACUAAGAAGAAGAAGGUGGGAGAUUUGCUGGGCCAUGCGGUGUGGAAGGCUCUGGACUUUGACAUCAUCUCCUAUAAGAAGACAAUCCUACAUCUGACAGACAACCAGAUGCAAGACAACAAGACCUUCCUGUCCAUGAUCAACAAUGUGCUUCAUACAGACGGCUUCUACUUUGCAACAGACUACGACCUGACCCACACCCUGCAGCGCCUGGCCAACACCAGCCCCGAGUUUCAGGAGAUGAGCCUCCUGGAGAGGGCAGAUCAGCGUUUCGUCUGGAAUGGCCACCUGUUGAGGGAAUUCAUUGCACAGCCGGAGUUACACAGGUUUGUGUUUCCUGUUGUCCAUGGCUUCAUCACCAUGAAGUCCAGCUGCAUCAACGGAAAGGUGUUUGAGUGGAGUAUUAUCUCCAGGAGGAGCUGUUUCAGAGCCGGCGUCCGCUACUAUGUCCGAGGCAUUGAUUCAGAAGGCCAUCCUGCUAACUACGUGGAAACGGAGCAGAUCGUGCAGUUCAACAGUGCCAAGGCUUCCUUUGUUCAGACUCGAGGCUCCAUCCCCUUCUACUGGUCCCAAAGGCCCAAUCUCAAGUACAAGCCCAAACCUCAGAUCAACAAAACCGUGAACCAUCUGGACGGGUUCCAGAGACACUUUGACUCGCAGAUUAUUCUCUAUGGAAGACAAGUCAUUUUGAACUUGAUCAACCAGAAGGGCUCUGAGAAGCCACUGGAGCUGGCUUUUGACAAGAUGGUGACCAACCUGGGUAAUGGCAUGAUCAAGUACAUAGCCUUUGACUUCCAUAAGGAGUGCAGUCGGAUGAGGUGGCACCGGCUGCAGAUCUUACUGGACAUGGUCGCUGAAAUGCAGGAUGAGUUUGGAUACUUCCUGGUGGAUGCGGAUGGGAAGGUGCUGCUGAACCAGGAGGGGGUGUUCCGUAGCAACUGCAUGGACUGCCUGGACCGGACCAACGUCAUCCAGAGCAUGCUGGCCCAGCGCUCGCUGCAGUCCCAGCUACGGAGAAUGGGAGUCCUCCACACGGGCCAGCAGAUUGAGGAGCAGUCCGACUUUGUGAAGAUGUACAAGAACGCCUGGGCAGACAACGCUGACGCCUGCGCCAAGCAGUAUGCUGGCACUGGGGCCUUGAAGACGGACUUCACCAGGACGGGGAAGAGGACUCAGUGGGGGCUGCUGAUGGACGGCUGGAACUCCAUGAUCCGAUAUUACAAGAACAACUUCUCUGAUGGCUUCAGACAGGACUCCAUCGAUCUGUUCCUGGGCAACUACGCUGUGGAUGAAGCUGUUUGGACCACCCCACUGCAUGAUCCCAAAGACUGGAAGUUUCUGACAUUGCCUAUCGUCAUGGUGGUAGCAUUCUCCAUGUGCAUCAUCUGCCUGCUCAUGGCUGGUGACACAUGGACUGAGACGCUGGCCUACGUUCUGUUCUGGGGAUCAGCCAGCGUGGUGACAGGCGGACUCAUCCUCUUCAACGGACUGGACUUUGUGGAUGCUCCGCGGCUGGUGCAGAAGGAGAAGCUGGACUGAAUGUGUGUGUGUGGAAAGCAGCUCGGCCCCGGCGAGCUCACCGCCUCAUCCUCUGGCUCUUCAUCACUCUCCCCCCGGCAGCAGCAGCAGCGGCGGCAGGGGGGGGCCUGGAGCCUUUACUAGCACAGGGUGGAGUGGAGGGGGGGGGAGCAGGGCCGGCCUCGUGCACCACGGCGGUGGAAAGACAGAGACUGGGAGUGCACGGGCCUGCUGCUGUCCACACUGCAGCUUCUGGCAUGUGGACAGGACUGUCUGUCCACUGGACCUCUGGAGUUUGUUCUCACUGGAUGUGAUGCUUCCUGAUGUCAGAGGAACGCUGUUUGUCCCGCUGCAUCGGGAUCCCAUUCACAACAUCUGCUGUGAUGUCACAGCACAGCUGUGUGUUCAUUACUGUAUGUACCGUUAAUUUGCCUUUUGUCUUUUAUCUUUUUUGCUGAUUCAUGUUCAUACCUGUCCAGCUGCUCUGUCCCGGGGGAAACGCUGCCUGAGACACAGCAGUGACGGCCAAUCAGGUGGUCCGUACAUCACACAGCCAGCGUGUCAUUGGCAUCUCAAUGUCCUAAAAGUCUGAACUAGAGCUGCAACUAGCCAUUAUUUUCAUAGUCGAUUAGUUGUUUGGUCUCUAAAAUGUCAGAAAAUGGUGAAAAAUGUGGAUCAGUG